GAGAAUGUUUACACAUUUCAUUAAGUUUAUUUUCUGGGUUUCCUUCCAUUGUGCACUGUUUCUAUGUGGAUGUAAGCAUGCAUCCAUGAGGAGGCCUGAACAGGCACAAGGAGACAUCAGAUCACUAGAACUCACUUACAGAUGGCUGUAAGCUGCCUGGUGUGUGUGGGUGAGGGGAACAAAAUUCUAGUCUUCUGCAAGAGCAGGGAGUGCUCUUAAGCACAUAGCCAUCUCUCCAGCCCCAGCAUGUAGCAGAUUUUCAAUGAAAUCACAGAAGAAAACUUCCCAAGUCUAGAGAAAAGAGACACCUAUCCAUGUGCAAGAGGUCCAUGAGACACCAGACAGACAGUACCAGAAAGGAAACCCCUAAAUAUAGCCUAAUUAAAACACUAAUCACAGAAUUAAAAAAUGCAUUUCAAGCUGCAAGAAAAGUCAAAUGACUUGUAAGAACAGGCUCAUGAGAAUAAUACCUAACAAUCUGGUAGAAACUUAAGGCCAGAAGUGCCUAGAAAGACAUACUCCAAGUUCUAAAGCCCCAAGUGCCAAAUUACACUAAUGCCAACCAGCAAAUUUACAUAUUAAAUGAGGGAAAAAUAAAAGCAUUCUACAUUAAAAACACAUCAAGGAAUUUAUGACCAGUAAGGCAGCCCUGUGGGGAAUAUUGGUAGGGACAGUUCAGAUUGAAGAGAAAGAUAAAAACAUUUUUUGUAAGCUAAUCAGAAAACUGGUUUGUAAGCUAAUCAGAAAACACUAUAUUGUUCUUGUUUACUAGCCCUGCAUGUCCUGGAACUCACUCUGUAGAAAGGGCAGGCCUCAAAAUCACAGAUCUCCAUGUCUGGACACACAAGUGAUGGCAUUAAAGCAUGUGACACCAUGCCCAUCUAAAAAAUACACUCUUCUAAAUUACUUUAAAACAGAACUAGCCUACAUGAUUAGACAGUGCUACUCCCAAAACAUGAGUUAUUGAAUGAAAAAUCUCAGUGCCUGGCACAGAAAACAAUCCUCAGGUUAUUGCUCAGGGAGGUCCCAGAGGUAAACAAACCGGACAGGCUACUACUCUGGGAUGCUGCAACAAAACGUGAUGACCAAAGUGGAAAGGGUUUAUUCAGCUUACACUUUCAUGUAAGAGUCCAUCACUGAAGAAAGUCAAGACACUCAAACAGGAACUCAAAGAACUCAAGCAGGGCAUUUACCUGGAGGCUGGAGUUGAUGCAGAGACCAUGGGGAGUGCCAUCAGUCCAGCAUUAGACACAAAGGGAUGGGUCAAACCACACUAUUACUAAUUAAGAAAAUGCUUUUGGGGGCUGGAAAGAUGGCUCAGUGGUUAAGAUCACUGACUGCUCUUCCCAGAGGUCCUGAGUCCAAAUCCCAGUAACCACAUGGUAACUCACAACCACCUGUAAUGGGAUCUGAUGCAUUCUUCUGCUAUGUCUGAAGACAGCUACAGUGUACUCUUAUAUAAUAAAUAAAUAAAUAAAUAUUUUUUAAAAAAAGAAAGAAAAUGCUUUAACUUGGACCUUAAGGAGGCAUUCUCACACGUAAGUGUCCCUUCUCUCUGAUGACUAGUCAACCUUGUGCCAAGAUGACAGUAAAGUAAGCAUCACAGGUGUCCACCCUAUUACAAAGUCAUCAAAUAUGAGAGAUGUUAGACCUAUAGACAUUGGAGGCCAGAACAUACAGCUGCUAAGUCCCAGGCAACAUGUGCUGGCUACCAUAAUGGUUCCCCUGCAGUUCCUGCUGUAGGUUGCUCUGAUGAGCUACCAGUUUGUCCUCAAAAGACCAGCAAACUCUCACUAAGCUGAGUAACUUACAGAGUGCCAGAAGGUACUAUGGAUGCUUCUGAGAGGGAAAGAAAAAAAAUCAAAGGGUUGACACAGCACUGGCUGCUAGAUGCUAUGAUACUGAUCUACAUGACAAGAUGUGCCCACUAGUACAGUAGUGGAAUGAUGGUUAUGGGAAGAACCAAGCGAUUUUUGAUUGAAUGCAAGGCCUGUCUCACAGAGGGAUUGGAUGCCUGCCACUGUAAGCUGGUCAAACAUAAAUGAGGAAGGAGAUCUUAGAACUAAGAAAAAAGAUAAAGCCCUUAUUUUGCUACAACUUCAUACUGUCAAAUCAAGUUCUAAAUACUGGUAUAUACAUAUGUAGACAUUUGUUGCUCUUGACUUUGGUCAAGACACUUCUUUUCAUAGUGGGAAGUACUUAACACAGACUCAGGACAGGCCAAACUGUGAAGUUUAAGAAAUGCUAAGUGUUUAUCAACCAGUAAUCAAAACAAACCUCUCAAAAACAAGGCUCAGGUAACACCAUACGAGAGAAAACAAAAAAAAACGUGAAGGGAUGGGAAGUAUGAAUUUCUACUGCUACCUUCUGUACAUGACUGUCACACACACACACACACACACACACACACACACACACACACACACACCAUUUCUAACCAGCGGUGUUCACGUGCAAAAUACCUUGAAAGAUCAAAACAGUCAAGAGGCCAGUAUGGAUGGAGCAAUGCCACACAAAGACCUACCUUAGUGGAGGAACUAUUGGCAGGUGUUGAAGGGGGACAAGGAGUGUCACACCUUAGCAGACAUUAGAGGAACAUGGCCCACACAAAAGUGGAAAGCCCUAAGUAGACUCACAGGAUAUAAAUAACCAAAAUAAGAGGAGUGGGAAGCGAUGGGAGGAGGCAGGGACACUAAAGCAGUAGUGGCAAAUGAAUGUCAUCAAAUUUCACUGAAGAAACAUGCAUGUGCAAAGUAUACAUGAAUAUUACUGAUAAUAUAAAUGCAAACACAGUUCUUCAUUCAGGCCAGGCCUGUGUUAUUCCACAGAAAGAAAAAAUGAAAGGGGUCUCACAAUUAUAGAACUAGUCUGCUUAACAUACUCUUGCAUAUCGGCUAUAUUCCCAUCAGAUUAUUUUGUCACUACAAACAUCCAUCCCUGUGCAUCGAUUACUCACACGUACCUUCACAUAUGGCUAAUGCUUCCUGUCACUCAUCCCUGAGACAAGGAAUUGACAGGAAGUCAUCACAUAAAACUAUGACCGAAGGUGCACCACAGCUGUACUAAGGAUACCUACAAAUCUGUUGGUAGUUAGGUGUACAGUUUAUACAUAGAACCUUAUAAAACACCAUAAAAGGCCUUUAAAAGGACAGAUCACUGUCAUAUAACUUGACACCCUAUCCAUUUGAUAUUACACGCAGUCACACGACAUCCUAAUGAAUACAGGGCAGAAACACAUAAAAAGGCUUAUGAGGAUGUAAAAUAAGAAGAGGAAAGAUAAGACUCCUUACAUUACACUCCAUAAACACAUUAAUGACCUGAAUUCAUCGGCUUCUCCCCACUCCAAGGUUGAAAAGACAACACAAAGAGCCAUCACGCCACUAAAGUCAUGGCACACAUUCUGAAUGACUUACCAGCUCUGCCAUCCCAAGAUCUGUUCUCACAGGCAUAGGAACAUGCCAACAAAAGCAAGAACAAAGGUCAGCUGCUAUUCUGGAAUGCAGAUUGAUGACACCUGUCUUAUCAGCACAUCCACAUCAGGCCCCUUCCUCCAUCGUGACCUUUCAAGGAGGCACUGAAUGAGCUAUAAAAAGGGGACACGCGUUUCAGUUGACAGCAGAAGCAACAGCAGGAGAAGCAGCUUCUGAAGACAAAACCUUCAACAAGGAGCAAGGUAAGGACUGCCCAGAGGAAUCCACACAGAAGGGCAAAGUGAACAGAAUGAGCAAGAGACAGGUCACCUCUGGACAGAUAACUAGGGCUUACUCACUGAUGAUCUAGAAUGUUCCUCUACUGCUGAACUGCAGGGCACUGGGCCUACUGUGGGCUGGGGGUGGGGGGGUAACAAGGGCUACCAGACUGCUAUAAGAAAAUGAGGACCUGAGUGCUGGACUCCCAGAGACAUCGAUCAGGGCAGCAUACAUGAAGUCAGUAACAGGCACACAUGUCUUGUCUCCUUAAGUGUGUUUACAUGAAUGGCACGUGGUUUAGCUUUCUCAUAGGUCAGACAGGAAAUGGAGGAACCUGGAGAAAAUGUGCUGACGUUUAUUUCCAAACAGGAAUUUAUUCAUGACAGGAAUAUGCCAUUGGCACCACUUUACUGGAACCACCUUCUGAUGGUGAUGGCACCACAGGGCUUGAUUUUGCUGGUGUUGGUGCACAGUACCAACCUAAACCAGCAUACUCACCCUCUAAGAUCAGAACUUCUCAGGGCUGGGGAUUUAGCUCAGUGGUAGAGCGCUUACCUAGGAAGCGCAAGGCCCUGGGUUCGGUCCCCAGCUCCGAAAAAAAAAAAAAAAAAAAAAAAAAAAAAGAUCAGAACUUCUCACACACAGGCCAGCUCACUUCCAAGAAAACUCAGUCGCUGAGACUACAGGAGUGGGCAAUGAGGAUGAGGUGAAGCAAGAUUUGAAAGAUGACAGGAGAGCCAGUAUAGAUGAAAUUUGAAACAACAUCAACUAAUUGUCAGAGUGGUACCAGUCGGGGGCAGCAAUUGCUGGACAUUGACGUCAUGGGAGCCAUAUAUCUGUCAGCUUGUGUAAAGUUGGGGUCGUGGCUGAAGUAUUGGUGAAUGGUUCUAAUAAUCAGGAACUCAUAAAGCGCACUUCAGAUUGCACAAAUUUCAUUCAUUUAUCUUGGGGUAAGGAUCCAACAGAAGGGACUUGAUGAUGGUCCUGACAACUUUGCCAAAGGUGGGGAAAGACACCCACCACCCAAUUUUACAUAACUGGACAGGCGACAAGGAAGAAAUGCCAUCAUCCUACCAUCAUGAAGGAACAUGUCAUAGACACAUACUGCAGCAUGGCACUAAAUGAUAGAGAGGGGCAAGGUAGAUCAUUCACCUGGUAAAAGUAACUGUCUCCAAGCUCGAUGGCCUUGGUUUGAUCUCUGGAACACAAAUGGCAGAAGGAAAGAACCAACUCAAACACGUUCUCAUGUGCUUUACACACACAUCCUUUGAGCACACAUAUACGGCAUAAGAAAUUAAUAAAUACAUGGAAUUAGAUUUAAGACAGGCCAGGCAAGGUGGUGCACGGCUUUAAUUCCAACACUGCAGAGACAGAGGCAGGAAUAUCUCUGUGAUUUGAAGGCCACCCUAGACUACCAAGCAAGCUUCAAGAACCCCGGUUCAACAACAUGAAACCCUGUCCCAAAAGGGAAUAGAGGUAAAUGCCAUAGAAAAAAGCACUUAGAGCUUAAGGGUAAGCAAGGACUCUGAUAGGGAGAUAGGGAACAAUCUCCAGAAGUGUCCAGCACAGCUCCGAUUUACCAAGUAUCAGUUACGUCACCCAAGAAAAGGGAAGUCAGGAUAAGAAGGGAUUUUCUGGAACAAUUAGGUAGGGUGUCCAGGAAAAGUCCUUAAGUAAUUACUCACUAAGAACAUACUUAGGGCAAGGGACCUGAGAUUGUAAGAAAGGACAUGAACAUUGACACAUUCGCAGAGGAUGACUGGGACAUUGCAAGGGGCUGUGGACAUGGCAGAGUAGUAGAGCGAGGAUGUAAAACGGAAAAUCCUAUGUGCAAUCUCAACACUGAAAACAAAACCACAGGCAGGGACAUUUAUGCGACGGGUAAUACCAAGAAGGUGUAAAGUCACAUGACAGCAUGAAAACAUACACAUGGACCUAGGAAGAGAGACCUCAGGGCUGGACUCAGCAUACAUUGACUUGUUAAACCCAAUUCUGACGGUAUAUUGAACCAUGGGAGAGACACAAAGGGGAAAGUGAGGUUUCCUCAAGAUGUUUACUAUGUAUCUGACCAAAUUCCCACGAACAAAGAAGAAAUGGGGCUGUCAAGAAUGGCAAAAACAGGGUUGGGGAUUUAGCUCAGUGGUAGAGCGCUUGCCUAGCAAGCGCAAGGCCCUGGGUUCGGUCCUCAGCUCCGAAAAAAAGAAAAGAAAAAAAAAAAGAAUGGCAAAAACACGCUCUUACAGGAGACAGGGAGUCAUCUAGAGUAAGUGCCAUGACAGCUCUAAGAUCCAUUGGGAAUGUGGUGUGUGAGCCAUUCUUCUUCUGCAGGUUUCAGCCACAAAGAUGUGGGUUCUCCAGGCCUUGGCCAUCAUAUUGAGCAUCCAAGCAGGAGUACUUGACCUGGUGGAAGUGCCCCCCGAGGUGCGCAGUCUUCCUGUUGCUCUUCCUGCUCCGGUCAAUCUCCCUGCAGUUCUCCCAGGUUCUCCAGGCCUCAAUGAUCCAGCCAAAAAUCGCAUGCUACCUCCCAAAAGGCCUGGAGCUCCUUCCAGAGGUGGAAAGUGUGCACCUGCAGCCAGAUACUUCCUCUCCAGUGACAAACUCCAGGCCUCCCUCCUGAGCAUACUGCCCCCACAGAUUGAGGACAUGGUGAAGUGUGAUAAAGUUAACAUGAAAGGCGUGCUUGGGGAUAUCUUAGCCACGAUGCAGGACUCUAACCUGCUCUCCAUCUUAGAUAUCACUUCCCUCCUGCAAGGGGGAGGAGGGCUUGGCCUUGGUGGACUCCUAGGCAAAGAAGGUAAUGAGGAUCCCUCAAAGCCCUCAUCAGGAUCCAAGGCCACUGGUGGCCUUGGCCAGCUACUCCCAGAGGGCCUCCCAGGCAAGGAAGGCCUGGGCGGCUUACUAAACCUUGGUGGAGGCAAAGGCUCUGGAAAAGGACUCCUGAAUGGGGAUGGGCUCUCCAAUGCCGUGAAGCCUCUGGAUGACAUAGUUGAAAAUGUGGACAGUCUGAAAGCUGCUGUUCAGGACAAAGUGAAGAGUGUGGUCCCAGAAAACAUCAAGGAUCCAUUUUCAGAUCUGCUCAACAUGGAUAUCCAAGAAACUAUGCUCAAAUUAAAGGUGAAACAAGUAAAAGUGGGCAGCACGGAUAUAAACAUGGGAGCUGAUGGGAUCAAAGUUCUCUCCGAAGUUACUGCCGACGUAGAAGGAGAAGGCUUGCUUGGGCCAGUCUUCACCCUAUUGCAGUUUCAAUCUGUCAUGGAUGUAACAAUGAACAUUGCUGUUUCCUCCAACAACACCCAGUGCGUCAACCUUGAUGUCCAAGACACCCACAUGCAUGUCAAGGAAAUGAACAUCCAGUUACUACAGACUGUCACAGAAACUGUUCCUCUGCCUACGUCUCUGCCCUUGAAUGACAUCAUCCCAAUAGUGCUGACAGCAAAAAUGAAUGAAAAUCUGGAAAAAUCCGACUCUUGUGGUAUCGUCCUCAGUGACUUCAAUGACUGCAAGAACACUACUGGCUUAUUCGGUUACCAAGUUCACACUGCCAGGAUCUCUCCCAAAGGACUUUCUAUCGACUACUGCGUUAAAGCCAAUAUAGACAACAAAACAGUACCCGUGCCUGGAGGUCGGCUGCCUCCAGAUCCCAAAAACGCCAACGUGUCCAUAACCAUUGCCUCCUCAGCACUGAGGACACUUGUGAAAUACGUGGCCAAACAGAGCUCUGUUCAGAUGAAUGACCUGGAAGCACAAAUCACCUAUAUAGCCUUUGCCCCCCAGGAAAACAAUAUGCUCAGAUUGCUGUAUAAGGUUGACAUAACAAAGGACAGCCAGCCCUAUGCCACUGGGGAAACGAAAUUAUUCAUCUCCCAUGCCAGCAAGAUUUUAAAUUCUAAACUGGUACCAGACGUCAAACUCACAAGGUCUGAGCACAGUGUGGUGCCCCCUGAGACUAAGGAAGAAGUAGAAGGCAUUAUGGCUGAAGUCACAAGGAAGGCCUGGUCCAGAUUCAAUGAGCUGUAUAAAAAGAUGAGUAUUCCGGACGGAGUGUCUUCAAAUACUCUAACGAACUCCGAUGUCAAAUUGCUGAGAUCAAAUGACCUUCAGGCAGCAAGCUGAAGCCAGCACUACUGAACUCAAAGUACUGAACGACAGCAAAACCCCCUGCAAAUUCUUCCCAUGCCCCUUGCAGCCCAUCCUUAUGAUUCAUUAGACAAUAGCAAUGGUCUCCUGGCAUGCCCAGGUCCUCUGCCUUGAGUGACAAGGACAAGAACAGUUGGAGGAAAUGGGCAGUGCUGUAAUCAGCUCCUUAAUAAACACUCCCUUCAUGCAAAAGUGA